AUGCCGCUGACGGGGCUGCUGGCCGGCAAGACGGCCAUCAUCACCGGCGGGACGACGGGCAUCGGCCGCGCCAUCUGCCUCGAGUUCCUACGCCAGGGCGCCAACGUGGUAGUCAACCACCUCGGCCUAGACCAGGACAAGCAGCACCUCGACUCGCUGGUCGCCGAGGCCGCCGCGCUCUCCGCGCAGUCGUCGCCGUCCGAUGCGGUCGGCAGGCUGGCCCACGAGGCCGGCGACGUCAGGGACCCCGAGACGGCGGCCGGGCUCGUGGCCGCGGCGGUCGCGCACUCGGGCGCCGCGCGCCGCCUCGACAUUUGCGUCUCCAACGCGGGCGUGUGCACGUUUGCCGACUUCCUCACGCUGGCGCCGGACCUGCUGGAGACGACGGUGCGCACCAACCUCGACGGCGCCUUCUACGUGACGCAGGCGGCGGCGCGGCAGAUGGCCCUGCGCCAGGAGCCCCCGGGGGGCAGCAUCAUCGGCGUGUCGUCGGUGUCGGCGCUCGUCGGCGGCGGGCGGCAGGCGCACUACACGCCGACAAAGGCCGGCGUGCUCAGCUUGAUGCAGAGCGCGGCCGUGGCCCUGGGCCGCCACGGCAUCCGGUGCAACGCCCUGCUGCCGGGGACGAUCCGCACGCGGCUCAACGAGCAGGACCUGGCCGACGACGCCAAGAGGGCCUACAUGGAGGGCAGGAUUCCCCUGGGCCGCACUGGCGUGCCGGCUGACAUGGCUGGCCCGGCCGUGUUUCUGGCGUGCGACGAGCUGAGCGGCUAUGUGAGCGGUGCGCAGCUGCUGGUGGAUGGCGGCCUGUUUGUCAAUCUGCAGUAG